GACGCUUACCCUAAAAAUCUAACCAUGUCAUCCACCACUAACGCCACUGUUGCCGCCUCCAAAUUGAACCAUGUAGAGGUCCUUUCUGCCAACGGCGAAAACUACCAAAUCUGGAAAGAUGAGAUUAAAGCAUUCAUGGAAUGGAAUGAACUUCAAACCACUAUGCCUCUCGCCUUCAAGGACGAAGACAUCAAACUCAUCAGAGCGAGAGCCAACACAGUUAACGCAGCUACUACGCCAAACGCCAGAGAAGCCCCCGCCGCCGCCGCCGCUGCCCUAGAAAUCACUCAGAUCAAUACGCACGACAACGUUGCGGAUAUAUUUACCAAAUCCCUAGAUGAAAACAAACACUGGAAGUUUGUUCACGCUCUAGGGUUGCGCCGAAAGGCCAAUGUUGCCUGA